CGCGGCGACGUCGCAGCGUGCACGGCCACGACACGACCACCCGCCGUCUUCCCUUCCAUUCCCCGCUACCACACACGAGCACCCGCCGGAGCCGAUCGACCGAGAGCCGCCGCGCGCGCAGCUCAGCUCAGCCCCGCCGCCCGCCUCCUCCACCGCCGCGCCGCAUUCCUCUCCCGCGCGCAGGCAGGGGGAGAUCCGCCUCCUAGUCCGAUGGCGCCGUCGCGGCCGCUGAUGCGCGGGGCGGGCCCGCCGCGGGUCUUCGGCUCCGCGCGCGCCGGCCGGGCCUCGCCGUACGCGCUCGCGCUCGCCGCGCUGCUCCUCGCCUCCGCCUUCCUCCUCGCCCUCAUCGCCUUCGGCGUCUUCUCGCUCCCCGUCUCCUCCCCCGCGCUCCCCACCACCGGCGCCGAGACCGAGUCGUCCGGCGACGGCGGGGCCGCGGAGUCCGAUGCCUCCGGCGGCUCCUCCCGCGCCGCGCGCAGCCGCGCCCGCCGCGACCUCAGCGAGGGGCUGGGCGAGCGCGGCGCGCAGUGGACGGAGGUCAUCUCGUGGGAGCCCAGGGCGUUCGUCUACCACAACUUCCUGUCUAAGGAAGAGUGUGAGUACUUAAUUGGAUUGGCGAAGCCUCGCAUGGUGAAAUCAACAGUGGUCGACAGUGAGACUGGUAAAAGCAAGGACAGCAGGGUUCGUACAAGUUCAGGCAUGUUUCUUCAAAGAGGGCGGGACAAGGUUAUCCGGGCCAUUGAAAGGAGGAUAGCAGAUUACACCUUCAUACCUGCAGAACAUGGAGAGGGACUCCAAGUACUGCACUAUGAAGUCGGGCAGAAGUACGAACCCCACUUUGAUUAUUUUCUUGACGAGUUCAACACCAAGAAUGGUGGCCAGAGGAUGGCAACUAUUCUCAUGUACCUGUCAGAUGUUGAAGAAGGGGGUGAGACUAUUUUCCCCGAUGCAAAUGUGAACAGCAGUUCCUUACCGUGGUACAACGAACUUUCAGAGUGUGCCAGAAAAGGUCUUGCUGUCAAACCGAAGAUGGGAGAUGCGCUGCUUUUCUGGAGCAUGAAACCAGAUGCCACUCUAGAUCCACUAAGUUUGCACGGGGGCUGUCCUGUUAUCAAAGGGAACAAAUGGUCAUCAACCAAGUGGCUGCAUGUUCACGAGUACAAAGCAUAGGCCCUGUGAACUCAUUCCAAAGAUGACACGAUCUGAGCAUGUGACCUGGGCUCUUUACAGGAUGGCUUUACAGUUACAGAUCCACCCCCAUUGUGUUCAUUGCUUGUGGAGGACAUAUAUAUACAAGGAGGGCUUCAUGCUGGAAUACUGACUCGGCAUUUUUCUUCUUCUUCCCCCUCGCCGCAGUGCCCCCAGCAACUUACUAUAGAGGAAUGAAUAUGAUAUGAUGUGAUGUAUGUAGCGUCGGGGGCUGUAGGAUCCGGAGUUCCAUUUUCGGUUCGUGUUCUUGUCCUGUUUGUAGCACUAGUACUAUAAUGCAGUACUGAUGUAGCAGCGUCGAGGUGAGUCGUUACUGAACAAUAACUAUUGAGGAUUUUGCUUGUCUCGGCAUUUUAUACAGUUAUUAUACCAUGCUA